AAUCUAGUCACAAAUGAAUAUUGAACAACCUAAAAGUGACAAUUUGUUGACGGCAUUAGUGUCAGGAUGCACUGCAUCCGCGUUUGCAGCCACAUUAACAUAUCCGUUUGAUUUUCUCAAGACACAAGAGCAAUUAAACAAUCCCGAGUUAAUGAAGAAAUUUAAUAUCACCAAUGGACCACAUACUUUGGGACAGAUGAGUAAAGGAUGUUCUGCAUUAGUGCUUGGAUCGAUUUUGAAGAAUGGUACGAGAUUGAUAUCAUAUAAUUGGACCAGUAAGUUUAUGGCAAUUGACGGCAGAGAGGGAAAGACAACAAGCGCUCCAAGAACAGUUAUUGCUGGUGCGAUAAGUGCCUUCUUUGAAACACUUUGGAUAAUUCCAUUUGAGAAUAUUAAAAUUACAAUGGUACAAAAUCAAACGUGGAUGAACGAAAUGACGAGAAUCAAAGAGAAAAUUGUAGAUAAAACUGAAAAGAACUUAUUUAAACGAGAAUAUGUGUCUCCUCAUAAAUAUUAUACUACGGAAAUUUUUGAUCAGUAUUUUGGAACUGCCCAACAAAGUAAAUUCGCAGCUGCUGCUCAGAAACAGAUCAAGAACCCGUUUGAUACACUCAUUGAGCAUUAUAACAAACAUCCAUCAUUAACACUUUCCAGUACAAUUAAAGAAAUUUACUCAAUCAAGGGUAUUUCGGGAUUCACGGCAGGUACAUUUAUAACCUUUACUAGACAAAUUGCCAUAACCUGGGUAUGGUUGUCCACGUACAAUGCUACUAGACAGUUGAUUGACCCUCAUAAGAAGCUGGACGAUAAGGGCUGGUUCGGACAUGAUUAUAACGCAUUGGAAAAGACAGGAUUGCAUUUAGUCUCUUCGUUGGCAGUAAUUGCCGUGACUCAACCAUUAGAUGUUCUUAAAUCACAUAUACAGCUGAAAAACGGUAAGGGAAUGUACCGUGAUGCCUUAUCCACAGCUUAUAAGUUGUUUAUGCAACAAGGAGCCAAGUCAUUAUUUAGAGGAGCAUUACCUAGAUGGUGCAAGCUUAUAGUUAGUGGUGGGUUAACUGCAAGCAUUUAUGGAUACGUUGAAGAUAUUGUCAAUGUUGCUGGAGGACAAAAGAUGUUUGAAGAGAAGAGACUUGAAUAGAGCUUGUAUAUAUUACGCUAUUCUAUAUAAACUGGAAUUAAUAUUUCACCUGAUUUAUGACUUACACCAUUAAAUGACUUAGCAAGUAAUCCACCUGAGGUACUUGGUUGACUAAACGCUAUUUGUUGCUUAGUUAAGGUGACACCGUAUAUAGAAUUCUUGAGUACCACCUGUAAAAAUCUCUGACCUAACCCAUAUCGUCUCCAUUUAGGAGCUAUCCAGAUACGCGAUAUACCAAUUUUGAUCAGCUUGUUGAUUUGGUUAGGUACAAUUGUUUGCGAACUGUGGAUCAUCCACCGGCCUAGGCUAUCUCCGACUGUAUCAGUGGAACACACUCCAACAGCUCGAUUCUCUAUUACUAUGACGAAUGCUUUACUUGAUUCGUGCUUAAGUGACUUCCACUCCCCCGAAUCUUGCGAGGCACUUAAUUCUUGAUUUACCAUAUCAAGCAAUUGAUCUACUUUACUCACUUGACUCUUGUUUGUUUUGUCAAUAGUAACUAUAUUCCCUCGGACUAUAGUAUUAGACCUUCCAGAUUUAACAGAUUUAACAAUCAAUGUAAACGAAUCAAGUGAUGGUAGUGCUGUCGUCCAUGGUAUACCAUUGACGAAACUACUAUGAUACUUGGUAUGUGCUUGUUUUUCACUAGGUAUACUGACAUUAUAUGUCAUUUCACAUACUGGACAUGUAUGCGGUUUAUCUGAGUCAAACAGAAGAAUGGAUUGAACUUGACUCUUUUUCUUUGUCCCUGUCAUAUCAUAUCGGUUGUUGUUAUGGUU